AUGAAGUCCACCACCUUCCUCAGCCUGCUGGCGGCUCCUCUGGCCGCCCAGGCUCACUACAUCUUCAGCAUCGUCUUCGUCAACGGCGUGCAAAAGGGCGGCGACUACACCUACAUCCGCAAGAACAGCAACACGUACAUGCCGUCAUUCACCAACGACAUUGUCAACUCGCCCGACCUGCGCUGCAACACCGGCGCAAAAGCCAACAGUGGCACCCAGACCUUGACCGUCAAGGCCGGCGACAAGAUCGGCUUCAAGCUCUGGUACAACGAGUUCAUCGAGCACCCGGGCCCCGGUUUCGUCUACAUGUCCAAGGCCCCCGGCUCCGUGGCCAGCUACGACGGCAGCGGUGACUGGUUCAAGGCUUACGAGACGGGCCUGUGCGGUGGGCAACCCAACCAGGAUGGUUCUUGGUGCACGUGGCAAAAGGACCGGAUCGAGUUCACCAUCCCUCCCCGCACGCCGCCGGGAGAGUACCUUGUUCGUGUCGAGCACCUGGCCAUCCACGAGUCGCACGUCGGCAAGGGUCAGUUCUACAUGGAGUGCGCCCAGUUCAAGGUCGAGGGUUCCGGAGGCGGCACGCCCGGACCCUUGGUCAAGAUCCCCGGUCUGUACAAGGCCGCCGACCCGGGCAUCGCCUACAACAAGUGGACCAACAACCCUGCCCAAUACGUCAUGCCCGGUCCCGCCGUCUGGUCCGACAGCGGCUCCUCGACCCCUUCUACCCCGCCUUCCAACGGUGGUGGUAGCAGCGGUGGCGGCGGUAACAGCUCCGCUGCGGCUCUGUAUGGCCAGUGUGGCGGCGAGGGCUGGACCGGUCCUACUACCUGCGCUCAGGGUACCUGCAAGGCCGCCAACCAGUGGUACAGCCAGUGCUUGUAG